GGUGACAUACAGAAGUGACCUUUAUUUUAAUAACACGAGUCUGGUUCGCUUUCAGACUUUCAGAAUUUCAGACUUUCGCAUGGUUGGCUCAAUUUUCAAUACAGACAGAAUACAUCUAUGUUACCAGAAGUAAAAGAAAAUGGUGCAAGUUUGUGUAAGAAGGCAUUCGGACUCACAGUUUUCCCGUGCUAUACACGAAGCCAUAAAGAAGGUCUGUUAUCAAAAACAAUGCCCCAACGAAGAACGUAUUUUGCGUUUCGUUUUACGGGAGUUCGAUUGGAAAGCCUGUGACAUAUCCAAGCAGCUGAGGUUGGCCGUAAAGGAUGGUUUAUUUCGGGAGACUAUUGCCAUUUCCCAUAAGGGAAGCAAAAAAGGAAACGAACAGCAGUCAUUUCGUAUAAACUUGACAUUAGAUGCCGUGGACGCGGAUGGAAAUUCUCAACUUAAGGAGAAAGCCAAAACGCACGAUUGGUAUUGUUUUGAUUGUCAAGAACCCGGUGAAGUGAUCUUGUGUGAUUUUUGCCCUCGCGUGUUUCACGCUAAAUGUGCCAGCAAUCCUCCAAACCAUCACGAUGCAUGGAAAUGUCCAUCAUGUAAGGCAUCAGAAGAAACGAAUUCCUUGAGCUCUUUACCUAAGGAGAAAAUUGCCACGAUGUUGGAGUUUACGAUUAAAAGAUUAAGAGAAAAGUUUGGGGAGUUGACAAAGCCUGUAGCUCUUGAAAGCGACGCUGAUUAUCAAUUGUACAUAAAUCAUCCGACAGAUCUGAGCUGCAUUGAAAAAGAAGUUAGCGAAAAAAAGUUCAAUUCUCCUGGUCACUUACUGGAGGAACUUAAAUAUCUGGUACAUAAUGCUGUUAUAUAUUUUGGAGACGAUGACGAAAUAACAGUAACAGCAGAAGAACUUAUUGAGGAUGCUAAACAAGAGAUGGAAGAAAUGUUAAUGUGUCCUGAUUGCUAUUAUCUUUCGAACUCGAAACCCAAAGACUGGUUUUGCAAACCUUGUAAUCCGCCUCACGAACUCGUGUGGGCUCAAAUGAAAAGUCAACCACCUUGGCCAGCUAAGGUAUUAAAAUGGAAUGAAGAUAAAACUAAAGCUUUGGUUCGCUUUUUUGAGUCCCGUCAUCAAAGAGCUUGGGUUUGUUGUCGUAACAUCGCUCCUAUAACGAAGAAGCCGGAUGUAAAGAAAAGACCGCGCAGCUGGUUGCUUGGUUACCAGGAACUUCUUAAAUAUCAGGACGAGCUUAGUAAGAUUAAUGGCGGUGAUGUAAAGCCUAAAAUUGAAUCAGUUGAAGAGGAGGAUACAACCGACGUGGACAAUGAUUCUCUCUCAAACGAACCUCUCAGCUAUUUUGUGUCAGUUUCUUGUCAAACAGACAAAGACAACAACAAAAUGAUCAUUGGCAAAUUACGGCAACGCAUUGACGAUCUUGAACAGGACUUAAAACUCACGAAUGAUAAGGUAAAACUUAAGCAAGAGGAUGACAUGUAUGGUCACUUGUGUACUGUGAAAGAGAACGGAGCAUGCGUAAACGGAGAUACGAAAAGAACGCUACAAAAGCUAGUGGAGAGCCUUGAGAGAAAUCUACCUGGACAAAAUGGUGGACAUCAGAACAAGGAUUUCACCGACAUUGAUCGUUUGCUCGAGAUGAGAAUGUUAAAGUUUAAAUCAGCGUGGGAAGUGAAAACACAGGAAGAUAUAAAUCAAGUGAAAAAUGAACUCACUUUGAAACACGAGAAAGAAAUACAAGAGCUUCUUGAAAAGGAGCAAUCACAACGACAACAAUUCACCGAGACUCUAGUGAAGCAAAAGCUUCAGGAAAUGGAGGAGACAAAGAAAGCAUUGCACAUGAGUCAUCAACAAGAAUUAGCCGAAAUUCGUAAAGACUUUGAACACCGGCGGCGGGAAUUUGAAGAAUCUCAAAACACAUUGCUGCGACGUAAUGCUGCCGAGGCAAACGAGCUUCGAACUUUUUACGAACAUAGGCGACGACGUGAACUCGAGGACGCUCGUUCCAGUCUAAUACAUUGUCACGAAAUUGAAACACACAAACUACGUAAUGCUUUGAAUCUUGAACGUCAGAACGUUAUGGCGAAAUUAAAACGUGAACACGAAGAAAUUUUGCGGGACGUUGUACGCGAAACUAAACGUAAGCAGUGGUAUCACGCAGAGAUCAUGCUGAAACACACUGGGCAGUCGCUUCAGUCGCGCGUCCAAAGCGAAUUGAUGCGCACGCGUCAGUCGCUUGAACGCUAGGAACACACAUGCAGCGACCAUCGCGACUUUUACCGUGGCGUCUAUUGAACAUGGCGGUGAUUUUAGUUUGUUACAGACACAGAUUAUCACUUAAACUCUUUAUUUUGGCCUUUAUUACAGCUACUAAUAUAUGAAUAUUUACUCAGUACAGACUACUAUGUGGAGAAAAGAGAACAAGCCAGUUAAAACACGCUAAUAUGAUCAUAGUCCAUUACGCGGAUAUUGUGGAUAAUCUUAUUCUGUGCACUUAGGUUGUGCAUUAGGGUUCCAGUUUGUAGCUCCUAUUGUCCCUAUUUGAUAAGUCAUAUAAAAACUGAAAGAUUCCAGUGUGAAUUCACUA